AUGGUGGCCACUUCACCAGCAGAAAGUGCAUUGGUGAUCCUGUACUACUUAUAUCCAGCUCUCGUCUUCGCCUACUUUUUCUUCGCCUCUAUUGUUUCGGCUUGCACAGUCCAUUCCUCUAAAGAGGAUGGGCCCAAGAAGAAAUGUCCGAGCGGAAAAUUCACACUCGCCUUCUAUCUUCUGUGCAUCCUCACGUACGUCACUCAGCUGUUACUGCUCGGAAUUCAAGUAGGUCUCUCACGAGAAUGGCCAACAGAGGACCACAUUAUUAUUGGGCAUUUGGCCUGCAUCUUGGCUUUUGGUAUCCAACUAGGCCGUUGCAUCGAUACUGAAUAUGCACCCUUUUACCCGUUUAUCGGAUCCUGGCUCAUUGGUUUGGCUUUCGAUAUCACCAUCACUGUAUUGUCUGCAACCCUAGGACUGUUCUCUCCAUUCAACACUUUCAACAUUCUCGACACUGCCAGUAUUGCCAUACGCUGUCUUUCGUUUGCUUUCCUCGUCGGGCUGUUCAUUUUCGGAACAUCUGUCCAAACAAAACCUGAUGAGGAACAGGAGCCACUGUUACCCAAAGCUACGACUACCGCACCCAACAGCCCAACAAGUCAGGAAUCCGGAUAUGGGUCCACGGCUCAGGUUGAGGAAGAAGAUGAAGAGACUCCAGAAUAUAGCUGGGAACGCCGUGAAAGAGAAGCUAAAGAGGCUAUGAAGAAGAGGCUCGAAGAAGGCGGCAACUGGUUCGAGUACGCUAAAGGAUUCAAGAUUCUUUUUCCAUAUGUCUGGCCUGUUGGCAAUCUUGGUUUGCAACUUCGUGCUGCAGCUGUAUGCCUGUGUCUGCUCGGAUCAAAUGCUCUACACCUUCUCAUCCCGCGUCAAACGGGUAUCAUUAUGGACAGUUUGAACGGUACCAGUAACAGCAAUCCCUGGAUUGCGGUUAUUGUUUUCGCUGCCCUCCGCUUAGCUGCUUCUGAGUCAGGUAUUGAGCUUGUCCGUCAAUGGCUAUGGGUUCCUGUUAAGUACUAUUCUCAUGAUGCCUUGACACGAGCAGCCUACUCGCAUAUGAUGCAUCUUUCUGCAGACUUUCACGAUUCAAAAAGCUCAUCGGAUAUGAUGAUGGCAAUCUACGGAGGCAGUGCGGUUUCCAAUGUCGUUGAAAACGUCUUACUUUAUGCCGUCCCUAUGCUCAUUGACAUGGGCGUGGCUAUUGUCUAUCUUUCAAUUACCUUUGGCCCCUAUGAAGGACUCAUUACUGUGGCUACUGGUGUCUUCUUCCUUCUGAUAGCCAGCAGACUUGUGUCCAACUCUAAGGCAGCAAGCCGAAACCGCGUCAACGCACUAUAUGAAGAACACUAUGUUCGCCAAUCGGGCUUUCUCGGAUGGCAGACUGUUAGUGCAUUCAAUCAGAUCGGCUACGAAGACAAUCGACAUGCCAAUGCAGUUACCAAUCGUUGGCUUAGGGAACAGCAAUACGUGCUCGGGUGGUAUAUCUCGAUAGGAUUUCAAACCCUUGUCCUCACGUCAGGUCUUCUGGCGAGCGCUUUCCUGGCAGUGUACCGCAUCAAGGCAGGUCACGCGACACCGGGACAGUUCGCAAUGCUCUUGAUGUACUGGGCACAAUUGACGUCGCCACUUCAGUUCUUUGCGAAAUUGGGGAAAAGUGUCAGCGACGACUUUAUCGAUGCUGAGCGUUUACUCGACAUCAUGAGAACUGAGCCAUCAGUUGAAAACCAGAAGGGAGCCAGGCCUUUGAAAUUUGUAGCUGGUGAGGUCGAUUUUGAGAAAGUCUCGUUCAGUUAUGACAAAAAGAAGGGUAUCAUCAAAGAUGUCAGCUUCCAUGUCCCUGCUGGGCAGACAGUGGCUUUCGUUGGAGCAACCGGAGCGGGGAAAUCUACUCUCAUCAAACUUCUUGAUCGAUUCUACGAUGUAGGCGAGGGCCGUAUUUGCAUUGAUGGUCAAGAUAUUCGCGAAGUUGAUUUGUUCAGUCUUCGUGAUCGAAUUGGAGUUGUUCCUCAGAGUCCAAUUCUGUUUGACGACACGAUCAUGAACAACGUACGAUAUGGGAGAAUUACCGCAAGCGAUGAGGAAGUGUUUGAAGCCUGUCGAGCAGCAUGUAUUCAUGAUAAGAUCAAAGGCUUCACACAUGGUUACAAAACUCGUGUUGGAGAACGCGGCGUGAAACUUUCUGGCGGCGAGCUUCAGCGCAUCGCAAUUGCUCGAGCAAUGCUGAAGAAACCAGACAUUGUUCUACUUGACGAGGCUACCAGUGCGGUAGACACUGACACAGAGCAGCAAAUCCAACUGUCUUUCAAGAGACUAUGUCAGGGACGGACUACAUUUAUUGUCGCUCACCGUCUUUCCACAAUCAUGAACGCAGAUCGAAUCAUUGUAGUCGAGAACGGCGAGAUCCUUGAGCAGGGUAAUCAUGACGAACUUAUCGUUGCCGGGGGAAGAUACGCCGAUCUUUGGUCCAAGCAGGUCUUUGUGAGAACCAAAGAAGAAGACAAGGAUGCGUCAGCUGGCCAAGCAGGAUUUGUUAAUGACCUAUCCUCGGAGCAGACCAAGACUGAAUUGUCAAAAGUCAACAAGCCAAUAACCUCGGCCAAAGAAGAAACGAAACCUGCAAAGGUGAAGGACAGCGCAGAGGAAGUAACUGUUACCCCAACGCGCAAGCAAGAGGGAAACCGGUUAAAUCCUGUCGCCGCUACGUUCACUCCUCGCACUCUGGCCAAGGUUCGCCGAUCUCUCGCAACCGACGUUUCCGAUGUAUCAACUAGCUCUACCGCUCAAGACGAGGUGGUCAACGUGAGCUCGCAGACUAGCCGACAGUGGUCUGAUGAGGUUGCCGAACAAGACGAAAAAAGCAAGAUGAACCCGGUCAUCGCUGGCUCGAACGAGAAAAAGAAAGCUUUUAUUGCAGCAGUUGGUCGUGCUCUAAAGAACAAACAUGCAAUCCAAAGUGAAAAUACCGAGAACACGAAGUCCCGAGCCAUAGAUGCAGAUGUAUACGAAGGUGGUGAGACACAGCAAGACGCCGUAGAGGGAUCGGUUUUCGAAUACAAGCUUCCAUACUAUUCUCGACGAGCCCAAUCAAAAAGUGAGCCAUCUCAAGCAUCCCAUGGCUCUGAGGAAUUAGGCUUGGACGAGGUGGAUUCGACUUCUCAGACAGAACAGUCAAGAACUUUGGCCCAUCGCCGAGUUACACUUCCUAUGAAAACCAGUUCUGUAUCACACAUUCCGGUCCCUACAGAGCUCAACCAAACAGCAAGUGGUCACUGUAACGACACACUGUAUGCUGUAGAGGGUCGGCAACAAGACGAAAGAGAGCAAGCGGCCUUGCGAAACGAGAGUGUGGCAUGCUCAUCUCCGAAGUUUAGAAAUCCACAGAACAAAGAGGAGAAAAUUGUUAAAACAAGUAGCAAUGAGGGCACCAAGCCUCAAGGUGUCGAAGUGCUAGACCAUGGGAAGGAUGAUGCCGCUUCCAUUCAACGUCGGGGUGGCCGUGGUGGUCGACGAGGGCGGUCCUCUGGGUACCGUGGCCGACGUGGCCGGGGAGGAUUUCGGGGAAGUUCACAGAGUGGACAAUCGGCUUGA